AUGCAGUACUCAUCCGCUAUUCUUAUCGCUGCUUUCGCAGUAACCAGUGUCUUCACGCACGGAGUUCUUGAUUCCGUCGAAGGUGCUAAUGGAGUUACCAUGCCAGGUCUUUCAGUUGCCGACGGCACACCGCGUGAUUGCGCCAGUCCUCGAUGUGGGUCAGAGGCUGACACUUCCAUCAUUCGCCAACGUGAGAUGGGCUCCAACAAGGCCACCGCACUUGGCCGUACCCAGGGUGGUGGUCCCGUCGACGCCAGCAAGAUGAUGGCCAUGUUCAUGGGAGGCGGAGGCAAUGCUACGGCGACAAAGGAAGCACGGGAAGUUCACGCUGCCAACGUCCUUCGUCGAAGUCUUGGAGAGCGUGCAGCCAACGGAGGAACCAAGACUCCUAAGGGCACCUUGGAGACUGGUGUCAAGGCUGCAGCUGGAGCUGGAGCAGCCAGUGGUAUGCCAACUUGUUCAGACGAUGGCAAGGUCAAGAUGACCUAUCAUCAGGUCAACCAAGACGGAGCCGGGCCCUUGACGGCCAUGGUUGACGCCACUUCGGGUGGAACUGAUCCAGCAGCAUUCAAAUCGGCCCAAGUCACACAAAAUGUGCCGGGAAUCGGUAUAGGAGGACUGUCAGCUGCGGCCGUGAUGGACUUCCCGGUAGAAGUACAGAUGCCAGCGGGAAUGACGUGCUCUGGAACAGUAGGCGACGCUCAGAACGUAUGCAUUGUUCGCAUGCAAAAUGCAGCAGCAGCUGGCCCAUUUGGAGGAUCGGUAGCAGUGACACAAAGCCCGGCUGCCAAGAAGCGUGCUAUUGAGUACAACUUAUCCAAGCGUCAUUUUGCCCGAGCUCUAGCCAAGAGAAACGCCGAAGAUGACGCAGCAGCAUCAGCAGCCAUUGCAGAGCUUGAGAAGAUCGGAUCUGCAACCAAAGAUGAUGAAGCCGAUAAAGAAGACGCCGCUGCCACCCCUUUGACCAAGAAGAGUGCCGAAGAUGACGCAGCGGCAGAAGCAGCCAUUGCAGAGCUUGAGAAGAUCGGAUCUGCAACCAAAGAUGAUGAAGCCGAUAAAGAAGACACUGACGCAACACCUUUAACUCAGAAGAGUGCUUGA